AUGAGACCUAAAACCAGAAGCAUAACGGCAAUACUCGUCGUACUGCUGACAAUAUGGACAAUUCGCAAAUUAAUCUCUUCAGACGUCAGUCGAAGAAAACCCCGACAAUACAGCGCCAAACCAGGCUGGAUAAAGCCUCGCUAUUACAAAAAAGAUGAUCCAGUCGAAAUUUUGAUCAACAAAAUCGAUUCGGACCAGUCAAACAUUCCGUACGGGUACCGCGAUCUGCCCUUCGUGUGUCCACCAUCGGAGGGCAAAAAGCCUUUGCAUUCGUCUCUCAGCGAGAUCAUAGGUGGCGAUCGCAAGUGGCAAAGUGACUACAAUCUGCGUUUUGGCGUCGAUGUGGAAUGCGAGAUACUGUGCGGUCGGAAAACGCAGCCGAACGCUCUCAAAAAAGCGGACGCUCUUAUUCGCAAGGACUAUAAAGCGCAUUGGCUUAUAGACAGUGACAUGCCUGCUGCGACAACCUUCAUUCAGGCCCGUAGCGGCAAAAAAUACUAUUCGGAGGGCUUCCCCAUCGGCGUAUUGGAUCCCGAAACGGAUAAAACUUACCUGCAUAAUCAUGUCAUGUUAGUGAUACGAUACCACAGCGCAGACAUUAAUAAACAUACCAUCGUUGGGUUCGAAGUGUACCCCAAAUCCAUUUCAGAUUAUAACUGUCCAGGCGGCUCCAAAGACUAUUCCCACUACGAGAUCAAAGUUGAUGAAACUGAAACUACUUUCAUACCGUUCACGUACUCAGUUUACUGGCGUGAAGAGUUCCAUAACGACUGGUCUCACCGCUGGUCCUUUUUCAUGGCACGCGAAAAAUCUGAGACAUUCCGAUUACUUCCUUUCGCCAAAAGCAUUAUUGUUUUGACCCUGAUGACCUUCAUUGUCACUGUCGCAAUAGCAAAAAUUCGAAGCGAUCGAUCCAUGCGUUUGGUAGCUUUUUCGUGGACAUCGCAUCCCGCACGUUUCCUGUCUCUUUUGAAUUUGUCAACAGCUAUGGGCGUUCAAUUCCUGUUUUCUCUCUUCGGUGCCCUUGUUAUUUCAUGCUCUUUGAGUAAAUUUCAUGAUAUCAUAAAUGGGGUAGCACCUACCGCUACCCUGUUUUUCGUACUCGGCGCAUACGCCUCCUCCUUUUUAGGCACUUUGUUGGCUCCGGAAACUCAAGCCACGCUUGGUGUCUCGGUAAUCUGUGGGUGCGCGUUGUCCGGUUCAACAUUAAUUGUAUUGGCCGUUCUCAACAGUAUCAUCUGGGCAAAAGAAGCCACUGACCACUUACCGUUUGAGAUUAUUGUAAUAACAUUGGCAUGUUACUUUGUGAUCUGUGGCCCGGUUUCGGUCUUUGGCGGCCUCACCGCGAGGAAGAUGAGAACAGGCGCACACAAGAUCGCUGAGGAUACAUCUCCUCUAAAGUUUCUCCUCGCGAUGAAUUAUGAGGGCCAGGGCACGGAUUCAACUUUGACACGCAAGCCCUUACCCAAGGCCUUAUCGAAUCCUUUACUAUACCACUUGGUCUGUGGGGCACCCCCAUUCAUUGUAAUUUGGUCUGAGGUUUCAACCGUUUACAAAUCUGUGUGGCUUAAAUCUACUGGUUUUUACACCCUCUAUGGCUUUCUUUUGGCCAAUUUUGCUACACUUUGCAUAACGGUCAUUGAAGUUUCGAUAGUGGCUUGUUAUCUGCUAGUUUUCCAUGGCCAAUCUGGUGAUUCUAGCAAGUCUGGACAAUUCAAAAAUGGGAAUUCAAAAAACAGCAGACAGACAUUAAGCAGCUUAUUGCGUGGGCGCCCCUCCGCGAGAAGUUUAUUGAAAGUUGUCAGAUAUUUCAUUGACGUUUCUGCCGCUCAACUUGAACUGGUUUGCUCGAGUUGGCGGUGGAAAUGUUUCCUCGCAGGUAGCAGUGUGGCUUGGUACUUUGAAGUCUUCUCACUGUACUACUUGAUUUUUGUGCUGCGUUUGAAGGACUUUUCAUCCAUAGCGUUGUUCAUCUGUUACACUGCACUAUUCAAUUUCAUGUGCUGGUGUGCUUUUGGCGCGCUGGGAUACCUGUCAUGUUUAUGGCUUCUCAAUUACGUUUCUGGUCUACGCAAAGCUCGGUAA